GAAGUACCGAAACCGUAACCUUAGCUGAAGCUUCCCUUCCCUUAAUCUACACUCCACUGUCAGCUGUGUCUUAGCUUUAACUGUGAUGCCAAUUUUUGUCCCUGAAUUCAUCGUUGUUUGACUUUUAUAUACCCGUGAUCCCUCUUUUCUGUUUUCGUAAUAUCUUUCUGCUCGUUUUGCGCAGCAAUUGCUGCAUUCAUCGGCCCAAUAUGAGUUCGAACCAACGAAUCAUCACCGACAAUAACAAGUCGCCGCUUGUUCAGGUCUUGUCGUUAAUGUUUCUCGUCAUUGCGAUAUUGUCGUGUUCAGUUAGGACUGGCACCAAGCUUUACAUGAUCAAGACAUUGAGGGUCGACGACAUUCUCAUCAUUGUCGCAACUGUGCUUGCGGCUAGUCAGACUGCGAUUGUUUUUAACGCGUGCGAGCAUGGCCUUGGUCAACAUUUCGAGGUUCUCGGCGCCAGCGAUCGAGACACCUUCUUCAAGAGCCAAUAUGCUACAAACACGAUGCUCAUUGCCUCACUUCUCUGCUGCAAGUUAUCGGGUACAAUGAGUCUACGAAUCAUGGCGCCCAAGAGUCAAAAAUGGAUCAUCAUCGCUUGUGAAGCCGUCGUCGGUGUCUGGGGCAUCACGGCGCUCCUCGUCAACUUCUUCCAAUGCCAACCACCGACACCAUGGCUGUAUGGCGAUAACGAUAAAUGCAUCAAUCUCAAGGCAUUUUGGACGUACUACUCCACCGCCAACAUCAUCACCGACAUCGUCAUCGUCAUCAUUAUGGCAGAGAACGUGGUCAAGAUCCAAACCUCGUGGUCAAAAAGGAUUCUUGUGAUGAGCGUUUUCGGCAGCAGAAUAUUUGUAACGCCGGCAAUCGCAGCGCAAAUCCACUACUCUAACAAGGCAUUUGACUCUGCCGAUCACUCGUUUAGCAUCUGGCCCGCCUCCAUCGCCAUACAGCUAGUGCAGUGUCUCGCCAUCCUUACCGUAUGCCUGCCCAACUUCAAGCCCUUCCUUGACAGCCUCGAGUCCGGGCAGAUCCGGGUCGACGAUCUUCGACGACAGGGCAAGUCGAGUAGCAAUGGGUACCCUACAUACAGGCCCGGCUACGCGGGGUACAAGUCAAAGACAGGGCAGACCAGCAGAUCGCGGGAUGCGUCCAAGACACAGCGCAGUGAAAUUCACGAGAUGGAGGACUUUGCUAAGAAGCCGAAACAAGACCAGGAGAGGAGCUGGGAUGCGCAGAGUCGCUCGAGCCACUCAAGCCAAAAGAUCUUGAUCCAUCAGACGUGGCAGGUAGACAUAGAGAGCACGCAUGAUGCACCACCCCGACAAACAUGAGGCAAGGUAAUUUCUUUUUUCCCAAGCAUGUUUAUUUUCUCGGUUAUUUAUCCCUCCGAGAUUUUGGUUACAGCGCAGCAACGUUUAUGCAAGUGUACCAAUUUAGAGUAAAAAUCAUUCGCUGUUCUAAAUACAGAACGUUUUGUAUCAGGAGCUGUAAGCACUCUGAGAAAAAGCAAGAUGAAAUGUUU